GAGUUAUUGGGUGAAGACAAAAGAGAAGAAGCCAAGUCAAGCCAAAGAGAUAAAUAGAAAGAAGAAAGAAACAUCAAAGCAACUUACUUCUUUGGUGCAUAGAUCCUUUUUAUUUGAUCCUUUCUCCCCAUUCCCCUGUUCUUGACUUGAACACCAAACUCCGUAAUCAUCGUUGAUUUCAUCUGGGUUGGCAAGAAUUCAGACAGACAUGUGAAGAAAUUAAGGAAUAUUUUGAUCAUUUUCUUCAUCAUCAUCGUACUAUUUAUUAAACAAGAAAACUAGGAAGGAUUAAGAAUUCCAGGUAUGGGGAUUUGUUUGAGUAGAAAUACUUCUUCUUCCCCUGCUGAUAACCAAAGCUCCUUCACCAAUACUGACCGUCUGAGCUCCGGGAUUUCUCAGGGCAACAAUACAACAACAUCAUCUUCAGGGAGCAGCAGCAAUGUCUCAGGGAACAGUGGAUUCUCUGCAGCAAGCGGUGGAAGUGAGACGGAAGCUUAUCCAAAUGGUCAAAUCUUGCCACAUUCAAACCUAAGGAUUUUCUCCUUUGCAGAACUGAAAUCCGCCACCAGGAAUUUCAGGAAUGACACGGUCUUGGGGGAAGGUGGGUUUGGAAAAGUCUACAAAGGUUGGCUGCAGGAUGAUAAGUCCACCCCAAUUGCAGUCAAGAAGUUGAAUUCUGAAAGUAUGCAAGGUUUUCAAGAAUGGCAGUCUGAAGUGAACUUUUUAGGGCGACUUUCUCACCCCAACCUUGUGAAACUACUCGGAUAUUGUUUGGAGGACAGAGAGUUACUGCUUGUCUACGAGUUUAUGCAGAAGGGUAGCUUGGAGAAUCACCUUUUCGGGAGAGGUUCUGCUGUUCAGCCACUUCCAUGGGAUAUAAGGCUGAAGAUAUCGAUCGGAGCAGCGCGAGGUCUGGCGUUCUUGCAUGAAUCGGAGAGUCUAAUUUACCGGGACUUCAAGGCCUCAAACAUAUUGCUUGAUACUAGUUACAAUGCCAAAAUUUCAGAUUUUGGGUUGGCAAAAUUAGGUCCAUCAGAGAGUAAAUCACACGUCACAACUCGCGUUAUGGGAACAUAUGGCUACGCUGCUCCUGAGUACGUUGCAACAGGGCAUCUGUAUGUGAAGAGCGACGUGUAUGGUUUUGGGGUCGUGCUGGUUGAAAUGCUAACAGGUCUUCGGGCGCUGGACACUAGUCGUCCUGCAGGGCAGCACACUUUAGCCGACUGGAUCAAGCCACAUUUAUCCGACAGGAGAAAGCUAAAGCACAUGAUGGAUUCCCGGUUAGAAGGCAGAUAUCCAUCCAAGGCUUCAGUUCAGAUAGCACAACUAGCUCUAACCUGUCUCGAGCCUGAGCCUAAAAACCGCCCGUCCAUGAAAGUUGUCGUGGAGACACUGGAGCGCAUAGCGUCGGUUAAUGAAAAGGCUCGCCAACCUGUUCCCCGUAUAAGUAAGAUUAAUCCUCAGCGACCAGGUAAUUUUCGGCAUGCUCAGCAGCAUCAGUAUCAUCGUUCUGCUCUGCAUCCGAGGAAUGGAGGAGGCCAUCAGCUUCCCUCCUAUCCACUCCCGCAACGCGUAUCCUAGUUGCAUUGCGUUGCUCUCUUUGGUACUUCCCAUCUGAAAGUUUUGGCGUAAUAAUGACAGGAAGGAUGAGAAUUUUAGGGCAGGUUUCUAAAAUCAGUAUAGUUGUUCAGUGUUUUUGUAGAAAAUGUGGUGUAUUGUUUGUAUAUUGAUGAUAAAUCGUUAGUUUGCUUCACAAUGCAGCAACCUAAAGCUUUCCAAACUAGAUUUGUGCCCAUCAGUGAUUAUGUUAAACAAUUCAUUCAACCAUUUUUGUCAAAAUGACUUGCAGAAGAGUAUAAGCUUCAAGUUUUUUCAACACUGAUAAGUGACGAAUGGUUAGAGAUAUGGAUAAAAGGGUAUCAGCAUUCUCACGUGUUUAAAGACUGAAGAUCGGGAACACUUCCUCGUAUGGAUUGAACAUAUCAAUGAAAGACAAAUAACAGUUGCAAUGUACAGAUAGACAGAACAAAAUUCUAGUAGUGAAAGUUAAGAGGUAUGGAGGAAAUCCUGGUCAUUAGUUGGUCAGAGUGGUCGGGCUAACAAGAUUUGGUUCCACAAUCCACACCAUUGAAUAGAAGUAAGAGCACCAUCCAAUGCAUUGGAAUAAUCAUUACAAACAGAAAAUCCAUAAGAGAGAUAUCAUAGUUGACGACAUACUUGCGUCGAGAUAACAGGUGGAAACAAAAGGAUCUGCAUCAUCUACAGUUUGACUUAACUCAUCGUGGAGAAUUGGAAUGUGUACCCGAAUUCGGAAAAGAUGCAGAGGCAACUUUGACAAUACACGGGGCAAAACAACUGAAAAUCAUGUUACACCAUUUUUGACAAGGAAGAAAGUAAAAGCAAUUUACCUUCUUUCCCAGGUCUCAGCGUAGAUGACUUCGAGAAACCUAGAGGUUCUUGACAAAAGCGACUUCUAUACAAAUUUUGAAAAGUUAAAGACAGAGAAGCAGGGAAAACAAAUGAAUCAAGUCUCAUGCAGAAGCCACAUAUACGCAGGCAAUUGCUUUCCCCAAUUACAUAUAGCUUGGAACACUUUUUGGGUAUUGUGCUUCCCUGCCUCGAGAAUACGGCUACCAAAAAAAGGUUGUGUGGUUCAUAGCUCCAUAUCUUAACCCGGAAGUCACAGACACACAGUAAUCAAAAUCAAUUGUAGUGUUACAGACACACAGUAAUAGAAAUCAAUUGUAGAGCCACACAGAAAUCAAAAUCAAUUGUAGUUCUGUCAAAACUAUAUACCACCUCUUGAUCAAAACUCAAAGUAUAAACAAUCUAGUGGUUAUUUCCUUAUCCAGUGUUUAUUCGUAAUCCACCUCUCUCUAGCGAUUCUACUUGCAUAAAUCCAGCUACAUAAUACACAGAACAAAGACAACACAGAUGCCUGCACAAAUUUUAGAGCAAAUACGCCAACUUUGCAAUCUUUUAGGCGGCUCGCCAUUCGUCAGCACUUAGCACCGUAUUGUCACAACUAUGAAGGUACCAGUGAAGGCCGAGGCCAAAGCCAAAGCCCAAUUACAGAAGUUAGAUGUAAGACCCUGGCCCUUAAUGAAUGUAACAUUGCUCCAAAAUCUAGCAGUUUAUUAAAAAGAUGAGCGGACUAGGAAAAUAAUAACUUUUUUAACUUCACAACCUAAUGCAGAAGAUCAGAAACCAUUGACAAUAAUUUUAGUGUCAUGUCCAAAAUAUGAAGAAUCUACCAUAUACGUGGUGCUCAUAUAGUAAAAGAGAAUGACAUUGAUACUCAGUUGGCCUGAGCUUUGGAAGUCUAAGACGAAUCUGCAUCCAUACUGUUAUAGAAUUUAGAAACUUCACUCCCGUGUAACUAUAUACCUCAGUAAAUCUACAAUACCAACAUACUCCCAUUAUCUGAAAUAAACCACAAAGUUCAAAAGUCAGAUUUUCUACAGCCCAUAAUCUUGAGAUUUUUUUCCAUGCAUACAAACUGUUGUUCUGAUUCUAGCAGACUUAUAC